AUGAGCUCAGCAGGCCAAUUCCCAAUCGUGGACUCCCACAUCCACCUCUUCCCAGCAACACACCUAGAAACUCUAUCCUGGUACAGCGACAACAACCCCCUCGGCGCGCAACACAGCAUGGAUGAAUACAAAGCCGCCAUUAAGAGCAACGAAUCUGUCGUCCGCGGUUUCAUCUUCCUAGAAACAGACCGCCUCUCCUCUGUCACAGAAACCCCGGCCUCAUCCCUACCUUCCGCCCCAACGCACGGCUGGAAACACGCCCUAGACGAAGUCUCCCUCCUCACGCGUAUGGCGCUUGGCGAGCCAAUUGCCGGAGAGGGUCAUAUUCCAGCUGAUAAAGAUCUCGUUCUUGGAAUUAUUCCGUGGGCACCGAUUCCUGCUGGGGAAGAUGUUUUGUGGAAAUAUAUGUGUCAAGUGAGGGAACGGACGAGAAUGGAUGAGGUUUGGGCAAAGCUAAGGGGUGUUAGGUAUCUGGUGCAGGAUAAGGCUGCGGGUACGAUGCUUCAGGAUGGGUUUGUCUCGAGUUUGAGGUGGCUAGGUAGGGUUGGGCUUACGUUUGAUCUUGGGGUUGAUGCUAGAUCUGGCGGACUCGGGCAGUUGAGGGAGGCAGUCAAGAUGAUGGGAAGAGUUUAUGGAGGUGCUGAAAGUGAUGAGGCAGUUACUAUCAUCAUCAAUCAUAUGUGCAAGCCGAAUCUCCGUCUACCGCCUGCGGAGGUUCUCUCUCAUCCUGAGUUUUUGGAGUGGAAAGAGCUUAUUACUACCAUGGCUCGGACUCAUGAAAAGACUUAUAUGAAGCUUUCUGGGGCUUUUUCUGAGAUUGAACCACUAGAUAGGGAGUCUGAACCCGAUCUCGAGGCUAUUGUUGAGCGUGUCCAGCCCUGGUCAGAUGCUGUUUUUGAUGCUUUUGGUACGGAGCGUGUUAUGUUUGGAUCGGAUUGGCCGGUUUGCAAUGUUGGUGGUGGCGGAAAUGAUGUUUCGUGGGGCCGAUGGAAGCGGGUUGUUGAGGAGAUUAUAGAGCGAAGGGGUUUGUCUCCGAAUCAGAAGGGAGGCUUUUGGGCUGCAGUUGCUAUCAAUGCCUAUGGGGUUGGAGGAUUCCCACGUGUUUCAAUUUAA